AUGCGUACAAAAUCAAGCAAAAAGAUUCAAGGUCCCAGUCUUUAUAAAAUAUUUGUUGAUGCUUAUAUGAAAGCUCGACCUGAUGAAAAACGAGUUGUAAAACAUCGUGAUGCACAACUUGAAUGGAAUGAAAUAAAGUGGAAUGAAGAAAAUGUUAAAGAGAAAAUUGAGGAAUAUUUAGAAAUAUACAAUAAACUUGGAACACCUUCAAAUCAAGGUAUUGAACGUUUACCAUCACCUCUUUCUUCAAAACUACCAAAAACUAAUCGUAUUCGAUCAGCAAAAAAACCAAGAAUUGAUCAAUCUAAUGAUACAACAAAUCAGCAUACAACAGAUGAUCAACAAUCAAAUGAUGAUGAUGAUCUUGAUGAAGACGAUCAACAAGAUGAUGAUGAUGAUCAUGGAGAAAAGAAAAAAAAGGAAAAAGAUUAUCGUCUUAGAAAACGUAAACCAAUAGUUGAAGAAUUAUUUGAAGAUAUAAAAGAAUUGCCAGCUGUAAAAGGUAUUCCAUUAGAACCAUUAUCAAAACAAAAAAGACAACCAGCACAAGAACGUGGUUUUAAAGAAUUAAGUGAUAUUAAUGACCGCAUUGCUUCAUUAGUACAAGUCAGACAAAUGGGUUUAUCAACACCAGAAAAUAGAAAACAAUUAAAACAAUUAAUGAAAGAUAGAACAACAAAAACUUAUGAAAUAAAACGUCUUCAAUCAAAACAAAGAUCUUCAGAUAAAUAUCGAAUUAGACGAAAAAGAAUUGUUGAACAUUUAUUUGAAACAAAACCUGAAUUACAUCCACAAUUGAAUAAACUUUAUCGUCCAGGUACUGGUCGACCACGAAUUGAGGAAGAAUGUCCUGAUCUAUUACAAAUUAUAGAAGAAAUUGCGAAAGUUGGUGGAGCAAGUGAUGAUCGAAGACAAUCAGAAACUAUUCGACCUUGUUUAACAUUAGACGAUUUAAGAGAAAAAAUUAAACAAAGAGGUUAUGAUAUUAAAAGAACAACACUUUAUUAUCGUCUCUUACCUCAUCGUGCAAAAUCAAGAGAUGGUCGUCGUCAUGUAAACACUGCUCCAGUUCGUCUUCGUCGUGCUCAAAACGAUGAUCAUAGAAAGCAUGAAGAUGGUCAUUUUGCUACAGCAACAAUACGUUAUAUGAAAGAUUUAGCUUCUAUAUUUGGCAAUGAUUGUGUUUUUUAUUUAUCUCAAGAUGAUAAAUGUAAAGUUCCAUUAGGUUUACCUGCGGCUAAAAUUCAAGCACCAAUGUUAAUGCAUUUGGAUUAUCGUAUACGUUUGCCAGAUCAUGAUUGGAUAGUUGCACCUCGACAUCAAUUAACACCAAGUGUAUAUGCAGCAUGUCUCUUAUGUGAGGAUGGAGAUUUAGGUUAUUCAGGUCCAACAUAUAUUGCAAUACGCUCAGCUAAACAUGACCUAUCAAGUGCUGAAUCUCAUGCACUAGAUUUUGAUCGUCUUGUUUGUUUAAAAGAAUUUGAAGAAGUAUCACGUGAUGAAACUGGACAAGUUAAACCGAUUCUAAUUACUACAGUUGAUGGUGGUCCUGAUGAAAACCCACGUUUUCCAAAGACACUUGUUGCAAGUAUUAAAAAAUUUAAAAAAUAUAAUUUAGAUGCACUUUUUAUUCUUACACAUGCCCCUGGUCAAUCCGCCUAUAAUAUAGUUGAACGUCGUAUGGCACCAUUAUCUCAUGAUUUAGCUGGUCUAAUUUUACCACAUGAUCAUUUCGGUUCACAUUUAAAUGAAUCAGGUGGAACAGUAAAUGUUGAUUUAGAAAAAUUAAAUUUUCGUAAAGCUGGGCAAAUCUUAGCCGGAAGAUGGAAUCAAUCAGUUAUUGAUGGAUUUCCGUGUAUUGCUGAAUAUAUUAAUCCACCAGCUACGACAGACGAUGAACGUCGACAAGUUGAUAUAAAAAUUGUUAUAGAUGAGCUUUUACGAAAAAUUUGUGCUGAAGAAGAAGUAGAAGAAGGACAUGAAUUUCGUGUUCGUGCAUCAGAUGAAUAUUAUCAAGAAAAUGCUCGUGCACCACGAGAAAAAUUUGGUGAACAACCAAAAUAUGAUAUUGAUGAAUAUUGGUGUGCUACACAUGUUUUACAAACACAAUAUACAUUACAAAUAAUUCGUUGUAAUUCAGUUGAAUGUUGUGGACCAUGGCGUUCAAAUUAUGAUGAAGUAUUUCCCCAUCGAUUUUUACCAGCACCUGUACCAUUUGAACGUACACCAUAUGGUAUUAGAAUGGCAGAGAGAGAUUAUCAAAGAGGACAAUUUUAUGGAUCAUUAUUUCAACGAAUUCAAUAUCAUGGCGUUGUUAUUCAACAUACACAGGUUAGAAAAAAAAAGUUUGUUUGUUAUUAACAAUUGAAUAGAAAUUGAGAUAUUGAUGAAACAAUUUUAUUCUCAUUUCUGAUCAAAUCUAGCAGUCUCUGACAGCUAAAUAAUAAUACGUUUAACGGUCAACACGAUAUGAAGUUUAUUCACUCAAGUGAUGAGAAUGAAAGAGAAAAAGCGGUAGGAAGAGCUACUUAUUCGAUACAUCAUCAAUCAUUGUUGAUAGGGGGAUGUCCAUUGACAGUACUCGAUUUUUUACAAUGAAACAUAAUGCGAAUUAUUUUACUCAUAGAUAGCCGUGAUUCUAACACAAAUAUACAAUGAUAUCCGUAGUUUUAUACUACUUCUAGUUAUUGAUAGAAUAGUUUCAAUUCGAUCAAGACUUCAAUUGAAAUAGAUGAUCUUGUUUAUGUCUAAUUCAGUAUCUGAGAAUGAGAUUACAAGUGAUUAGAUCGGUCAAAACAUGAAAGGAAGCC